AUGGCUGCACUUCUCAAAGAGAGCUCGGGCCCAGAAAGCAACAGCAAACCCUCCUCCAGGCGUCGGCAUCAUGCUCGAACAAUCGAAUCCCGAUCUUCACGAAGACUUCAGAAUGACCAGUACCAUCAUUCGAUGCGGAACUUGCCACCACGACAGAUGCAAUGGUCUGCUCAUUCGCCGAUGAUGACGACGACUAUGACAGCGAAUAUGGGCAGUUCCAUCCCGUUGGAGGUUGCGAACGGUAUCACGAUGGAGCGAACCCCCUCAGGGAAUUCGAUCAUGUCGGACACGUCUUAUGAGCACCAAGCUUCCUCCAACAAUACGUUAACCGACCGCGACAACGAUGCCGCGCGUCGGGUAGAGUACAGUUUCAACAAAUUUCCUCCACACCGCAAGCAUGAGCGAAUCCUCCGCAAGCUCAUCCAGCGUGAUGACCCUCGCGACGAUGGUUCAAUCGACGACGAUGCUCUCCUCAGUAUCCUCAAUAGUGCAAACGCAGUAUUCUUCGAUGGUGUGCUCUCCGGGCGCGUACAAUGGGAAUGGUCCUCUCAAUCACGCUACCACAACGAACUCAUCGGUACCACCGCCCUGCGCCCUCGUGCCAAUGGUGACGGGUUCGAGACCCUCAUCGUCCUCUCAUCGCCUAUCCUCAAAAAUCCAAAUUACGACCGCCGGCUCCUUCUCUCCGCAUUCCUGCAUGAACUCAUCCAUUGCUACCUGUUUAUCCUGUGUGGCUUUGAAGCGAGGAGGGAACGUGGUCAUACGAAGGGCUUCCAUGCUAUUGCUGAGAUCAUCGAUAAUUGGGUAGGCCCUGGCUAUUUGAGUCUGUGUAAUAUGAAGGCCAAUCUAAAUCACUUCCGGAAAGAUGAACCGGUGCUGGCCCCGAGGGCUGAGAUGAUGGGAAGGGAGAGGAGACGUAUGCAUAGUCAGGGGCAUGGGCAUGAAGGGUGCCAUCAGAGUCCGAGGCCGGAUAGUGUACUUGUUGACAUACCGGAUGUGAGGCCAGGGUACUUUUGA